AUGGGUAAACCUGGGAAAAAGGCUGGAAAGGGGUUGCUUCCACCUACCAAUGUGAAUCGUCGUGUCGAUGCUAACAAAACCAGUUUGCGUGAUCAGCGCACCAUUAAACGCUUAAAAAUGUAUAAAUCCAGGAUAGUACGUGAUGAAAAGGGUCAUAUUGUCAAAGGAAGUGUCUUAGCGGCGUCUGACCGUGUUGAACAACAAAUGGUUCGUGUUGCACCUGAUCGUCGUUGGUUCGGUAACACUAGAGUUAUUGGCCAAGAGGCCUUACAAACCUUUCGGAAGGAAAUGGGUGCAAAGUACAGAGAUCCCUACAGUGUUAUUAUUAAGCAAUCCAAACUUCCAUUAAGUCUUCUUGAGCCAAGUGGGGUGAACGAGGGCAGUGUUCGUCAGCAGAUGGAGUGGGACAAAACCUUUGGGGAGAAGGCCAGUCGGAAACGCGUUCGCCUUGAUUCCGUUGAUAUGGAGGGUUUUGCAAAGAGGGCUGUAUUAAAAGGCGAUGAGUAUUUAACGGAGAAAAAAGGAUCCGAUCGAAAUCUUGUUAAUAAUGAGGAAAAGUUACGCGAGGAUCGUUCCAAAAAUCGAAUUUUAUUUACAAAAGGUCAAUCCAACCGUAUUUGGAAUGAACUUUACAAAGUAAUUGAUAGUUCAGAUGUGGUUCUUUACGUACUGGAUGCCCGGGAUCCAUUAGGAACUCGAAGUUCUUUUCUUGAAGAAUAUAUGCGCAAAGAAAAGAAAUACAAACAUUUUAUUUUUGUAUUGAAUAAAUGUGAUCUUAUUCCUUUGUGGGCUACUGCUCGAUGGCUUCAAGUCUUAAGCAAAGACUACCCAACUGUGGCAUUUCAUGCAAGUGUUAAUCAUCCGUUUGGUAAAGGUAGUCUGAUUUCGCUUCUUCGACAAUUUGCGAAAUUGCAAAACGUUACUCAUCGCGGUAGCAAGCGAACAAAGACACCUAUUUCUGUGGGUGUGAUUGGCUAUCCUAACGUUGGUAAGAGUUCUUUGAUUAAUACCCUUCGGCGUAAAUCUGUUUGUAAGGUGGCCCCUAUUCCAGGAGAAACAAAAGUGUGGCAGUAUGUUGCUCUUACGAGAACUAUUUUUCUUAUUGACUGCCCUGGUGUUAUUUAUGAUCGUGAAACAAACAAUGAUGUUCAGGCUGUUUUAAAAGGUGUUGUGCGUGUAGAACGCUUGGGGAAUGCGGACAAGACUGACGUUGUACACACCGUUCUUGAGAUUGUGAAACCCAAAGACAUAGUCACCACCUAUGGUGUUUCUGAAUGGAGAGAUGCGAAUGAAUUUCUUGAAAAACUGGCAAAGCUUAGGGGAAAACUUGUUACUGGAGGACAGCCCGAUACAGAAGCUGCAGCGCGUAUGGUUCUCUACGAUUGGCAGAGAGGACGGAUCCCCUGGUUCAGUGCUCCGCCCUUUGACUCUAAUAAGCACUAUCGUGAUGCUUUGGAACUUCCAGAAGCAAAACAUAUGAAGCUAAUUGAGCAUUAUGGUACGUUUAACAUUGUGGAUGGUGCCAUGGAUCGUAAUGAGGAAACGGAUGAGGAUGCUGAAUCGCAGCAUAGUGAGAAUGCUUCUGAGGUUGACGCUUCCACUACAAGACAAACUCAAAGGGGUAAAAAAGAGCCUAAUAUUCAUGCGACAGUCGCUACUUAUACUUCGGAGCUGAAUUGUAUAAAACAGAAAGAAGAACGAAGGAAGGCCAGAUCAGAAUCUGCCGGCAAAGCCUCUCGAAUCAUGAAGUUGAGUAACGAUAAUGAUGAUGAUGAUGAUGAUUUAUGGAAUCGUUUCCUUGCUGCCGCUAAAAAAUGA